GUCCCAGAGGGAGCGAGAGAGGGAGAGAGAGUGGAGAAGGUGAGAGAGAGGAUUCAGUGUUAACUUUAUUUCGGUUGCUGAGACCCAUUCGCAGCCAUGGCCGGGAGUUCAGAGAAAGUGCCCAUCGCCUUGGCAGAUUCCGAGGACAUGCAACAGUUUAUGCCCCCGGCAUACACUCCAGUGGCUGUUACACCAGCCGCCAACGGCCGCCUUCUGAAGACCGGUAUUGUGGUCCUGAUCGCCGGGGCAAUUCUGCUGUUGUUUGGGGCAAUAGGAGCUUUUUACUUCUGGAACAACAACGACAAACAUGUCUACAAUGUCCACUACAGCAUGAGUAUUAAUGGAAAGGUGGAGGAGGGGUCUAUGGAGAUUGAUGCUACCAACAACAUGGAGAGGUUCCGCACUGGAAGCGGAAAUGACGAAGCAGUGGAGGUUCAUGACUUCCAGAUUGGUAUAACUGGAAUUCGAUUCGCUGGAGGAGAGAAAUGUUACAUCAAGACCCAGAUCAAAGCUCGUUUGCCUAAUGUGGAGACUCUCAACAAAGAGUCACUCCUGUUCGAUCUGGAGGAUGAGGUGAUGCCGGCUAAGUUUGAGGAGGACUCUCUGAUCUGGGUGGCAGCUGAUACGCCCCUAUCGGACCCUGCCUUCCUCAGCUCCAAGAUUCGUGAUUUGUGUGGAGACCUGCCAAUCUUCUGGCUCCGCCCCACUUACCCCAAUGGUGGACAGAGGAAGAGGAGAGCUGUCCCUCGUCAACGUAGACAGGCACCUCAGGCUGAGAAUGAAGAGGACCCAGAAGCAGAACUAAACCCAGAGAACCCCUAUAAUCGUGCUCCAUUGGACGAUGAGAACACCAUGACCUUUGACCCCAUGCUAGACCACCAGGGUGUGUGCUGUACAGAGUGCCGGAGGGGCCACACCCAGUGCCAGAGGAUCUGUGAGCCACUCGGCGGGUUCCAACCCUGGCCUUACCACUACCGCGGGUGCAGGGUGGCCUGCAGAGUCAUCAUGCCCUGCCGUUGGUGGGUGGGGCGCAUCCUUGGCAUCCACUAAACACCCCUAGGUCCUGGAGUCCGGACUAUAGUUAAGAGAGAGGAGGGGAAGGACAGACAGAGUGGGGAGGUGGGUGGGGGUGCUGAAAAGUGGGUAGGGUGGGGGUCCCAGAAAGAGAGGGAGGAGAGAUACCUUAACAGCAAAUGAAGUUUGUUGAGUUGACUUGGAAUAAUUCAAUUCAUUUUGGAUUUGGGCAAGAGAGAAAAAUACAGAGAAAGGGGUAGAGCGCAAACAAACAAAUGAAACUAAGAUAUUUUUGUAACUAUAAUGGUUGUUAUCCAUGCUGUUACACAUAGGUAGGCUAAAACACCAGAUAACAUAGUUAUAUUUAUUUUCUAAUCAUACAAUACUAUUUUCUUAACUGUAUUGUCACAGAAGGAGGCAGCUCCAUACUCAUGCUUUGUUUAAUUGAAGAUAAUUUCUUUGGGGAAAAGACGGGGAAGAUCGGAGUCAAAAAACAGUUAAACGUGUCUGACCCCAUAAAUGUACCUUGGUCAGUGAAUCAACCCAGAACACACAGUAAGGCAGAUGCUAAAGAAUGGAAGAUGGAGUCAGGCAAGCCUGCAAGUCAGUGGUGUCUGUAUUCGUCCUGCUAGAGAAAUAUCUAUGCAGACCAUUUGAACACUGUUUCUGCAGAAGUAGGGUCAUAACAUGUGCUGUAUGCUUUGUCUUGUUUUUCCCUUAACCCAUUGUAUUUUCCCUCAGAAUUAAAGAUCUAUUUCAAAGUGCAA